AUGGAAGAAGAAGUGAAGAAGGAGACGGAAACACUUCCUCCAGGGUUUCGGUUUCAUCCUACAGAUGAAGAACUCAUCACUUCUUAUCUAAUACAAAAGAUAUCCGAUUCGAGCUUCACUGGAAGGGCAAUUACUGAUGUUGAUCUCAAUAAAUGUGAACCUUGGGAUCUUCCUGGAAAGGCAAAAAUGGGAGAGAAAGAAUGGUAUUUCUUCAGUCUGAGAGACAGGAAAUACCCGACAGGAGUCAGAACAAAUCGAGCCACUAAUACGGGGUAUUGGAAGACGACCGGAAAGGACAAAGAGAUCUUCAAUGGUGUGACCUCUGAGCUAGUUGGUAUGAAGAAAACUUUGGUAUUCUAUAGAGGGAGAGCCCCUCGUGGUGAGAAAACCAACUGGGUUAUGCAUGAAUACCGCGUUCAUGCCAAAUCCGCCUUUCGCGCUUCCAAGGAUGAGUGGGUUGUAUGUCGGGUUUUCCAAAAGACUGCUGGUGGGAAGAAGUAUCCAUCAUCAUCCUCAUCCAGCAGCCAUUCGAGAGGAGGGGGCGGAAUGCUCAAUCCUUACAACCUGGAGAUUGGUCCCAUCUCAGGGAUGCAGAUGCCUCCUCCUCCUCAUCAUCAUCAGAUGAUGCCAUCGGACCCCGCCAGUUAUCAGUUUCCAGUUGGAUUAGGAAGAAGUUACAAUAUGAACAAUGCUGACAUGGCUGAUCAGUUUUCCAGGGUGGUUUAUAGAGGGAACAUCAUGACCAAUAGUAAUAUGCCUCUCCCCCAAAACCCGUUGAACUAUCCUAAUAAUGGAGCUGGAACCGGAGCUGAACUCUUUACCAUUUCCGGGCUGAAUUUAAACCUAAGGGGAUCAACUUCUUCAACGCAAAUGAGGCCAAUGUCACAACAGUUGCCGUCUGGAGCAACUCCACCACUAGCACCAUCACAGCUGCAAGACGAUGUAACUUCUUCAAUGAUUAUAACUAGCAGUGGACUCGGAAAUGAUCAGCAAUCCAUGGCGGGUUACGCUGGGGAUAUAAAUAGCCACGCAACCGGGCUUGGUAACAAUAGGUUCAUGGCAAUGGACCAGUGUGGGGAUCUUGAAAAUUACUGGGCUCCCUAUUGA